AUGCUCGCUCGUCUCGCUCUUGCCACCGUCGGCCUCGCCAACCUCGCCUCUGCCUGGUGGAUCAGCUUCUACACCGGCGAGCUGUGCGACCAGGACGCCUCGUUCAACUACGUCAACUAUUGGGGCAAGUACCAGAGCAACUGCGUCUACGUUGGCGAGGACGAGAACAACUGCGGCUGGUACACCGACAACGGCCAGACGAAGAACCGCUGCACUGCUCCAAUGCUGGACCCGCGGCCAUCCUCGUAAGUCUCCCGUCGUUGCUUCUGGCUCGUAGAACAUAUCCCGCUGACAGGUCUUUGCAGCUACCUCUACGCCGACGACACCAAGUGCGACAUCUACAUGGGUAGCACUUGCGAGGCGGACACGAUUGUUCAGGUUGGGCCGGGCCAGUGCGGCCAGAUCAGCUACCCGGAUGGCUACACGGGCGGCGUCUCCAUCUCGUGCAACCAGGCCUAA